AGAUCUACUAGAUAAGAGAUGCUGUCUGUUUAUGGGAACUGUUAGUUGGGUGGUGUUAAAGUGAUUAUACCCAACAAGACGUGGGUUGCAGGUAGGUGUGUGUUUGUGUUUCGAAGGGUUAAUAAAUCAGUGUUUCUGGGAUAAAACAAAUAUAAGCCAGGAAGACAAUACAUUAGAGCUCUAAAGUAACUGUACACCACAGAAGACUUUGUUGUUUAAAUUUUUGUAGAAUUAUUUCUAACUAAAAGAUAUGCAUUAUUUAGAGCAUAGCUGUAGUGUUUGCUCUCAGUUAGCGUGUCAUGCAUAUAGGAAAGCUUAAAUGCUCUGCUGAAGACACGCUUCAGAAAUGCUACUGCUCAUAUUUCUGGGAAGCAGUUCAGUGCUGUGGCAGUAGUGUUGAAUAAUGUCUCUUUUUGCAAUUUGCACAGUUGCUAGAGUUGAGCAAAUCGCUGAGUGUUUCUACCAGGCUCCCAGCCUGGAUCAGUAUUAGAAUUGUUCACUCAAGUACAUAUUCAGUAUUCAAUCACUUCUUUGAAUGGUUAAGUCCUCUCGCAGAGUGGAUUCCAGUUUAGUAUAGUAGCAAAGCUUUAAGUUGAUUUAUUAAUUUUGCCCUUCCACACUGUUAAUGGAUGAGGUGGACUUUAAUAGAAUCUCCAAUGGUUUAAAGCACAGUUCUAAUACAUGAACCAAUGUUGAAAGUGUAUGAGAUUAACUCGUGCACUAUUGCAGAACUGUUUACAUGCAGAAGGCAACUUGUUUUAUUCAUUUCAAACCUGCAUCACAGAGAUUUAUGUAGGGAUUAGAUUCAGCAGGGCUAAAUUAGUUUGCAUGUAGUUAAUCCCAGACAGGGACAUCCUCUAUAUAAGUGUUGUGUAAAAUAUAUUUCUAUUUUAUCUUAAAAUAGAGAUAUAUCUUAAAGAAUCUGUGUACAAAGAUUCCACGGGCCCAUACUAACUGUCCUUAAUUUCUCUCCUACAGCAGUACUGCUAUGCCAGUCCUGUCUGCACUCUCUUAAGGGUGCAGCACCUCAUCCUGUGUAGGUUAUGGUGAACAAAAAGAAGCGAGUUUACCAGAUUUAGGGAUAUUUAAUUUUGGGGAGGGGGCAGCACCAUGAUCUCAGCAACUCUUGUACCCUAAGUUCUAAUAUAAAAGCCAUACGAACUUCCUCUCAGCCUCAUCCCUCCACCUAUUUUUUUUUUUCCAUUUUUGAUUUGUUUUGCUCAGUUCAUCCGUAGUUUUUUAGAGUUUGGUUAACUAAGUUUUCUUGAAGUUCAAGCUGUCCAAAUUUUCCUGCACUGAAGUGCUUCAUUACAUAUUAAUAUUGGAUUAUUCCCACAAGGGUACAGUGUCACAGCGUCUUUGUCUGCGACACAUCGAUCUAGACUUUCACAUCAUAAAUAAUAUACUGUAAUCCUGAGUAAAUCUGAAUAUAUACUGUGAGGUUUUAUUUUUGAGUGACGUGAGAAUCACAGGUGGUAUGCUGUUGUGUGUGAGUUCAAACCCUUUUCCAAAGUGUUACUAAUGGUAAAGAGAAAUUUUCUAGGCUUCUUUUCUGCCGGUUGAAGUCUGACUGCAGAAGGACCCUUGGCACUGAAAGUGGGGCAAAACACCAGAUCCCAAGAUGCAGGUCAGGACGUAUAUGGACGUGAUGAAGGAGCAGCAACUAGGCAAAGAAGAGAGAGAAAUCAGGCUGCAGAUGGCAGAAAAGGCAAAAUCAGGGGACCUGAAAGCAGUUAAUGGCUCUGCUGCGUCUCAAGCUGCCGCUACAAAGCGCAAGCGUCGUUGGGACCAGACUGCUGACCAAACUCCAAGUGCUACACCAAAAAAGGUGUCCAGCUGGGAUCAAGCAGAUGCUUCUGCAGAAACACCAGGACACACGCCUGGGCACACACCUUCCAACAGUCGCUGGGACGAGACGCCUGGUCGACCUAAAGGAAGCGAGACGCCUGGAGCCACUCCAAGCACCCGUAUGUGGGACCCUACCCCCAGCCACACGCCCGCUGGAGCUGCCACACCCGGUCGGGGAGACACCCCUGGACAUGCCACACCUGGCCAUGGAGGGGCCACUUCCAGCGUGCGCAAGAAUCGCUGGGAUGAGACACCAAAGACAGAGAGAGAAACGCCGGGUCAUGGCAGUGGCUGGGCUGAAACUCCUCGAACAGACAGGGGAGAUGAGUCUGUAGGGGAAACUCCGACCCCUGGAGCGAGCAAAAGAAAGUCCCGCUGGGACGAGACUCCUGCUAGUCAGAUGGGUUCUUCUACUCCUCUGCUCACUCCUGGAAAGACCCCUAUUGGCACACCUGCUAUGAACAUGGCCACACCAACUCCAGGUCAUCUGAUGAGUAUGACCCCUGAGCAGCUUCAGGCAUGGCGUUGGGAGAGGGAGAUUGAUGAGCGGAACCGUCCACUGACUGAUGAGGAGCUUGAUGCUAUGUUCCCUGAGGGAUACAAGGUGUUGCCCCCACCAGCAGGCUAUGUGCCUAUCCGCACCCCUGCCCGUAAGUUAACUGCCACGCCUACUCCAAUUGGCGGCAUGACUGGCUUCCAUAUGCAGACUGAAGACAGAUCUAUGAAACAGAUGAACGAUCAACCGUCCGGCAACCUGCCUUUCCUCAAACCAGACGACAUCCAGUACUUUGACAAACUUCUGGUGGAGGUGGAUGAAUCUACUCUGAGCCCAGAGGAGCAAAAAGAGCGCAAGAUUAUGAAGCUGCUCCUGAAGAUUAAAAAUGGUACCCCUCCAAUGAGGAAGGCCGCCCUCAGACAGAUCACAGACAAAGCCAGGGAAUUUGGUGCUGGACCCCUCUUCAAUCAGAUUCUGCCUCUGCUCAUGUCUCCGACACUAGAGGAUCAAGAGCGCCAUCUGUUGGUGAAAGUUAUUGACCGCAUCCUAUACAAGCUGGAUGACUUGGUUCGUCCGUAUGUCCACAAGAUCCUUGUGGUGAUUGAGCCCUUGCUGAUUGAUGAGGAUUACUAUGCUAGAGUGGAGGGCAGAGAGAUCAUCUCCAAUUUGGCAAAGGCUGCUGGUCUGGCCACUAUGAUCUCCACAAUGAGACCUGAUAUUGACAACAUGGACGAGUAUGUGAGAAACACAACUGCUCGUGCCUUUGCCGUUGUUGCGUCUGCCUUGGGCAUUCCAUCCCUUCUGCCUUUCCUCAAGGCUGUGUGCAAAAGCAAGAAGUCCUGGCAGGCUCGACACACAGGCAUCAAGAUCGUGCAGCAGAUUGCCAUCCUCAUGGGCUGUGCCAUCCUGCCCCAUCUCCGCAGCUUGGUGGAGAUCAUUGAACAUGGUCUUGUGGAUGAGCAGCAGAAAGUGCGAACCAUCAGUGCUUUGGCUAUUGCUGCUCUUGCUGAGGCUGCCACACCCUAUGGUAUUGAGUCUUUUGACUCCGUGCUGAAGCCCCUUUGGAAGGGUAUCCGACAACACAGAGGCAAAGGUCUGGCUGCCUUCUUAAAAGCUAUUGGUUACUUGAUUCCACUUAUGGAUGCUGAGUAUGCCAACUACUACACAAGAGAAGUGAUGCUUAUCCUUAUCAGAGAGUUUCAGUCUCCAGAUGAAGAAAUGAAGAAGAUUGUGCUGAAGGUGGUGAAACAGUGCUGUGGCACAGAUGGUGUGGAGGCCAACUACAUCAAAACUGAGAUCCUGCCUCCUUUCUUCAAGCACUUCUGGCAGCACCGUAUGGCCUUGGACAGGCGCAACUACAGACAGUUGGUGGACACUACAGUAGAACUGGCCAACAAAGUUGGGGCCGCAGAAAUCAUUUCGCGCAUCGUGGACGACUUGAAGGAUGAAGCUGAGCAGUACAGAAAGAUGGUGAUGGAGACAAUUGAGAAAAUCAUGGGGAACCUGGGUGCAGCAGACAUUGACCACAAACUAGAAGAGCAGCUUAUUGAUGGUAUCUUGUAUGCCUUCCAAGAACAGACUACUGAGGACUCUGUGAUGCUGAAUGGUUUUGGCACAGUGGUGAAUGCUCUGGGCAAGCGAGUCAAGCCUUACCUGCCUCAGAUUUGCGGUACUGUUCUGUGGCGUCUCAAUAAUAAAUCUGCGAAAGUCCGUCAGCAAGCUGCCGACCUCAUCUCGCGCACAGCUGUGGUCAUGAAGACUUGUCAAGAGGAAAAACUGAUGGGUCAUCUGGGUGUAGUACUGUACGAGUAUUUGGGAGAAGAGUAUCCCGAAGUGCUUGGAAGCAUCCUUGGAGCCCUUAAAGCUAUUGUUAACGUGAUUGGUAUGCACAAAAUGACACCGCCCAUCAAAGAUUUGCUUCCUCGAUUAACACCAAUUCUGAAGAACAGACACGAGAAGGUGCAGGAGAACUGUAUUGAUCUUGUGGGCAGAAUUGCUGACAGGGGUGCAGAGUAUGUGUCUGCCAGAGAGUGGAUGCGAAUCUGUUUUGAGCUGCUGGAGUUGCUAAAAGCUCAUAAGAAAGCAAUUCGGAGAGCCACCGUCAACACCUUUGGUUAUAUUGCUAAGGCAAUCGGGCCUCACGAUGUGCUUGCUACUCUACUCAACAACUUGAAAGUGCAAGAGCGUCAGAACCGUGUGUGUACAACAGUAGCCAUAGCCAUCGUGGCAGAGACGUGUUCACCAUUCACUGUACUCCCAGCACUGAUGAAUGAAUACCGUGUACCAGAGCUCAACGUUCAGAAUGGUGUGCUCAAGUCGCUCUCCUUCUUAUUUGAAUAUAUUGGUGAAAUGGGAAAGGACUACAUCUAUGCUGUCACACCAUUAUUGGAGGAUGCUCUGAUGGACAGAGAUCUUGUACAUAGGCAGACAGCCAGCGCUGUAGUGCAACACAUGUCCCUGGGUGUGUAUGGAUUUGGCUGCGAGGACUCCCUGAACCACUUACUCAACUACGUUUGGCCUAAUGUCUUUGAGACGUCGCCGCAUGUUAUUCAAGCUGUGAUGGGAGCCCUUGAGGGCCUUCGCGUUGCUCUUGGACCAUGCCGUAUGCUGCAGUACUGCUUGCAGGGUUUGUUCCAUCCGGCGCGUAAAGUACGUGAUGUGUACUGGAAGAUUUAUAAUUCCAUUUAUAUUGGCUCCCAGGACGCAUUGAUUGCACAUUAUCCCCUUAUCUACAAUGAUGAGAAGAACCCUUACGUCCGCUAUGAGCUGGAGUACUUCUUGUGA